AUGAGUGAAGAAAAUGAAUCAGCUACGGCGAAGUUGGAUGAAAUAGGAAAAAUAAUAACACAAGUUCAGGAACAAAAUAGCAAAGUGAAAGCAAAUUUAAGAGAACUGAGAAAAAAAAGUGAAAGCAUCGAAAAGAGAAUAAACAUCGAAAUCGAUAAGAACAACGAAAUGAUCAGCAAAGCUCAGGAACUGGGGGAUGACCAGAAGAAACUCGACCAGUUAAUCACCGACCAGAUGAAUAAGAUUUCUGAAAAGUUUAAAGCUCUAGAACGGGUCGAACAAGAGCUCCUAGAAAAAGAACAAACUAUACAAAAUUUAAUAAAAGAAGUCCAAAAAUAA